CGCAACCGGCACACCGAGAGUUACUGCCGCAGACAGUUAGGAAUUUGUGUGCGCGCGCGCGCGUGUGUGAGAGAGAGAGAGAGAGAGAGAGAGAGAGAGAGAGCGCGCGCUUUGGUUUGUAAUGUCCUGACAGGCACACAGAGAAAGUUGUGAACGUGCGCGCGCUGCUCGGAGAAAAGCAGGAGGAGAGGAGAGAGCAGAGCAGGAGGAGAGAGAGAACAGAGCAGGAGGAGAGAGAGAACAGAGCAGGAGGAGAGAGAGAACAGAGCAGGAGGAGAGAGAGAACAGAGCAGGAGGAGAGGAGAGAGAGAGCAGAGCAGGAGGAGAGAGAGAACAGAGCAGGAGGAGAGAGAGAGCAGAGCAGGAGGAGAGGAGAGAGAGAGCAGCAGAACAGAACAGAAAAGUGGGCCGGCGAACUCCUCCUGGGUCCAAACGGAAAGCUUCGAGAGCAGCACUUUUGUGACGAGCAAGAAAAGAAAAAAAAGUGAAGAGGAAAGUUCGGAAAAGUUAAACAUUUUCCACAGGAGAAACUCAGACACGUGUCUCAGCUUUGAUGCGGCACUAAGGAAUGUGCAGUCACCAUGGAAACACAGUCCCAGGCCAGUUCAACAACAGAAAAAAAAAAGCGGGCGGAGACCAUCGUGGCAACCAGGAGAUCCUCCCUGACCCGAACUGAGAUCAGCGAGAAGGCUGUGGCUUCCAGCACCACAUCGAACGAAGAUGAGGGCUCUGUUUCUCCCUACCAUCGGGAAAGGCGCACCGUGAUUAGCGGCCAGCUUCCAGUGCCAGGCCAGAGCUCGGUGGCUGCUAAGCUGAUUGAUGACCUGUCCAACUCCACAGAAGAGCAACCCAUGUUGGUGAAGAAGGAGCUGCAGACCUCUCUACCCUACCUCCCUGAACACACACUCCCUUACCGGGGCACACUGUUUGCAAUGGACCCCCGAAACGGCUACCUGGACCCUUAUUAUACUCCGGCUCAGUUCUUCCCUGGAUUCCACCCUCCUGUGCCAAUCGAUGACAGACAUACACAGGGACGUUACAUCUACGAGCCCUCUCCAGUACCACCGCUCCAUGUGCCUCCUGUAUUGGCAGGCAGCCCUGCAUUUUCUGAUAUCUCCCUCAUCAGAAUCCCACCCCACCGGAAUUCCUCAGGUGUUGGAGUGGACUCGCCCUUUAGCUCCCCACACCCAUACAUCAACCCCUACAUGGACUACAUCCGCUCCAUUCACAGCAGCCCCUCUCUUUCUAUGAUCUCUGCAGCCAGGGGACUCAGCUCUGCAGAUGCUCCACACACUGGUUUGACCGCUGCAGAAUACUACCAUCAGAUGGCACUGCUCACAGGUCAUCGUAGCCCCUAUGCUGACAUCAUUCCCUGUACCAUGUCCACCAGCGGAGCAGGGACCAAUGCUUUGCACAUGGAAUACCUCCAGACUCUGGAAGGUUCUCGCUUUCCCAGUCCAAGACUUUUUGCCCGUCAGGGUAGGAAGCGUCCCCUUCCUGGCUCAUCACUCUCAGACUCAAGUUUUGAUUUUCAAGCGAUGAUCCGGAAAUCACCAAAUUCCCUGGUGAGCAUCCUGAACAGCUCGCGGCCCAGCUCAUCCACGAGUGGAUCUUAUGGCCAUCUGUCCGCUGGCACAAUCAGUCCUGCAAUGAGUUUCGCCUACCCUCCCACUCCAGUGGCCCUGCAAAUGCAUCAGCAGUUAAUUGGCCGGCCUCCAGGCAUUGUGGGUUCUGCUUUCGGGCACAGUCCCCCUCUCAUCCACCCUGGCCCUGCCUUCAGUACCCAGAGACCCAUAGCAGGCGUCACCCCCUCUGGACCUGGGCCCACAGAGCGCUCCGCCAUCUCCACUGACUUACAAAGUAAACCCACCAGUGAGUCAGCAGUGACCAGUACAGGAGACCCUAUGCACCACAAACGCUCCAAACUCAAGCCUGAUGAUGAGCCUCCCAGCCCUGGAGCAGUUAGUGUGCAGGAUCAUCCGGAUGGAAUGACCCUGGUGAAAGAGGAGGAAGAUAAGGAAGACGGGAAACAGGAGUCAGAGGUGGUAUAUGAGACCAACUGCCACUGGGAGAACUGCUGCAGAGAGUUUGACACCCAGGAACAGCUUGUACAUCAUAUAAAUAAUGACCAUAUCCAUGGGGAGAAGAAGGAGUUUGUGUGUCGAUGGGAGGAGUGCUCUCGCGAACAGAAGCCCUUCAAGGCCCAGUAUAUGCUGGUGGUACAUAUGCGCAGGCACACAGGCGAGAAACCACACAAGUGCACGUUUGAGGGCUGUUCCAAGGCCUACUCGAGACUGGAGAACUUGAAGACACACUUGCGAUCUCACACAGGAGAGAAACCUUAUGUGUGUGAGCAUGAGGGCUGCAACAAGGCCUUUUCAAACGCAUCAGACCGUGCCAAACAUCAGAAUCGGACCCACUCUAAUGAAAAACCCUAUGUAUGCAAGAUUCCUGGCUGCACCAAACGCUACACUGACCCCAGCUCUCUGCGCAAACAUGUAAAAACUGUUCAUGGUCCAGAGGCCCAUGUCACGAAAAAACAGCGUGGAGACAUUUACCCCCGACCCCCAGCCCAUCCCCGUGAACCUGGAGCCAAUGGACAGGGUCGGUCAUCAAAACUGCAACGCCCCUUUGAAGCGUUUCUUGACCAAAGGGAAUAUAACCAUGGUACCUCAAAACAAGAUGAAUGUCUGCAAGUUAAAUCAAUCAAGACAGAGAAGCCCAUGACGUCUCAGCCAAGCUCUGGCGGUCAGUCUUCAUGCAGCAGUGACCAGUCCCCCACCAGCUCCCAUUUCAGCUGUGGAGUCCAGCUUGCUGUGAGCACUAUUAGCCUUGUGGGGGAGGAGGUGGUGGUGGAGGACCAGGAGGUAGAAGAGGAGGAUGAAGAGAAGGACACUGAGGGAGAAGAAGAGGAUUCCCCCAUCAUGGUCUCUACUGUAUCCACUGCUACAGCCACGGCAGCUACUUUAGCCCUACAGCCCCGCAGGAGUCUGGGGCAGCCCUUGCGCUGGAUGGAACAGGUUAAGAUGGAAAGGCUUAGGCAGGUGAAUGGAGGGAGAUCAAGGCUAGGACAUCUGUCACCCACAGCACCCUUUAAAGACCACAGUCUGCCCUCCCUCACAGGGAAAGGCUUGUGUACUGUCAGGAGUACUUGUGGGGGUGCACCAGUUCCUCAGCCUCCUUUACAUCCCGAGCCAUCCAGCACAGAGUUGACAAUGAUGAGCCUCCUACAGGAUCGCCGUGACAGCAGUGGUAGUGCCACCAGCUCAGCCUACCUAAGUAGCAGCCGCCGUUCCUCUGGCAUCUCUCCCUGCUUCUCAAGCCGCCGCUCCAGCCAAGCCUCACAGUCUGAGCACAGCCAGCAGAGACAGCUGCACAACCUCAGUGUUACUGACUCCUAUGAUCCCAUCUCCACUGAUGCUUCACGUCGCUCCAGUGAGACUAGCCAGUGUGGUGGAGGCGGUGGUUCUGGUGGAGUAGUGCUUGAAGGAAGCUGGAGUGGUGGAAGUGGACGUGUGGGAGGAGGUGGGAUUGGAUCAAAAGGUGUGUUGAACCUAACACCAGCACAACGUUAUCAUCUCAAAGCCACAUAUGCAGUUGCAACAGGUGGGCCCCCUCCAACACCUUUGCCUAAAAUGGAAAAAGUGAGCUAUAAAAUUCAAAUGACUAUGGCCAGGGAUAUGAAAGCCAAAAAUGAGCUCAUAUUGCCAUCACUAGUCAGACCACAUCACAGUAGUGAUGGUAGUUCUCAUGGAAAAAGUCAUAUUAGGUACAGAUGUGGGGGACGGUAUCCAGGGGAAGGCCCAGACAAUAGUAACAGAAGAGCAAGUGACCCUCUAAGGCCAAUAGACCAAAAUACCUUUGGAACUCCCCAGAUACAGCGUUUUGGCAGUCAGAAUAACAUGGACCAUUUACCCCCUCUGGUGGGUAAUAAUGCCUCAAAUGGUUUUCGUAAAAGUACAAACCAUGAAAAUUACGCCAACUUAGAAGGCAGUAUCCAUAGUGGCCAGUUCUCCCCUUUCCCUUCGAGCAUCAUGCAACAAUCAGCACUUGAAGCUUUAGCCAUGGAGCAUGAUGGGGUUCUCUUAUUUAGGGAUGAUGUUCUUCCUGAUGACCAUGAAGCUCCCUGCAGCCAGCAAAAUGACAUAAAUCACCAAUUUCACAGAAAUUAUUUUGUCCAGAAUAUUGAGGGGGCGCAGAAUAUUCAGAAGCCUUCACAACAACAUGGGGCACAAGAAACACAAAGUCUGCCAAUCCAGUGGAAUGAGGUAAGCUCAGGAAGUACUGAUAUUUCACCUCCUCGGGAGCUACAGAGGUGCGAGCGGUGGCCAAACCAAAUUAAUGCAGUAGGCCUUCCAUUUGGUAGCUUUGAAAAUAUGAUUGUACAACAGCAGCUCCCUUCAUACUUUACAGACCAACAACACCCUAAUCAGAGAGGUAGUGUUCAGCAAAUAACUGAAAUGACUAAUGGACACUCAAAUCAGCAUAGGCAAGGAUCAAAUUCAAGCCAAAAGCUAUCUUGCAGCCAGGGUGUGUCAGUGGAGACGACACAAUGGAACAGCAGUGGCACAAGUAGGAAAAGCUCGAGGGCAUAUAAUUUUGGUCAGCAAAACUGUCAGAAUGCCCUGGGCCCCAUCCGACCAAGUCGUGUUCAUCAAGCCAGUCAGUCACAAACUCAAAACCUUCAACAGAGCCAUGAAAUUCCAUGUGAAACAAGUGGAAACUCACUCCAGCAAGGAAAAGAAAAAUCCAGUUUAUCCCAUGUCUUUGUACUCUCUCUUCAAUCCCAGUGUGCAGUGGCUAGCCAGCCUGUGGAUCACGACCCCUCUGAACCACAACAAUAUUCCACCCAACACACCAUCAGUAAUCACAACGCACAGCCCUACCAAAGUUUUACAAAAGGAAAUAUCAAUAAUUGCUCACUUGCUAAUCAAGUUUCAGGAAUAAAACUAGAAAUAGAAAAUCAGUUUCACCCGAGCUCUUUCAUGCAGCAACAGCAGAUCUUUGAGCAGUGCUUUGACCCAACUAAAUCUUCAGUCUUUGGAGCUCAGCACUGCCAAACUGAAUCAUUUAAAACUGAGACCGGGGUAUUGUGUAGAUCAUUGAAGGAUCGUCUGAGCCCUGGGGCUGAUCAAGUGACCAGCACAGUAGCGGGCAACCCAGACGGCAGUGUUCGGGAUGACGUUGGCCUACAUUUUACCUCCAACCUGGAUAAUAGCCUUGACCAAGGCAGUUUGGUUUCUGAUGUCAUCAGUCCUAGUGUUGUUCAUGAUUUAUCACAGACUUCCUCUUGGCUUACAGCUCCACACCUCUCAGCUGUACUUUAUAGCUUACCUCCUGGUACAACCAAUAUGGCCAUUGGAGACAUGAGCUCCCUCCUGACUACCCUUCCAGAAGAGAGCAAAUUCCUUGCCAUUAUGCAGUAGGUUUUGUGAUAUUCCAUUGGAUGAGAGUGGGGAAAACAAAUAAUUUACUGCAGUAAUUUAAAAAGUAAGGAUGAAGAGGAGAAAAUCCUUUUAUAUUUGUCAGUAUAGUAGGAGUUAAAUAAAGUAUAAACCUGUUAUUUCCCCCUAAAGAUGAGGAUUGGGAAAAUCGUAUAAAUAUAGUGUAAGUACAAAAAAAAUAACAACAUAAAAUCAUUCAAUUUGUGGAAUAUUUGAAUAUACAAAAGCCAGUUUCAUAUUUCUUUAAGGUGAUUUGGUGACAACAGCAUCAUUCCCACCUCUUUAAACAGUAUUCAAAUCAAUUCAGUUUUAUUUGUGCAGCACUUUUUAACAUUGUCACAAAGCAGCUUUAAAGAAAUAUAUAAAUUGUACAUUUAUAAAUUUAUCCCACAGUAUUCUGUGUAUUAUUGCCAUUUUUCAUUAUGUUAUAAAAUGUUCAUACACAUGCAUGUUCAAUAUACACACUGCCUUUUUAUGCUAGUAGAAUAUGUCUCAUUUACAAAAGACAGACAACCUUGCAUUGUCAUCAGGUAAAGACAGGUUAAAUGUUCCAUUUAAUAGACCCUAGUGUUGCAAUUUCAUAUAGUAACAUUUUAAUUAUGUCUUGCAUUGGUAGUAUUGAAAUUAUUUUUCUGGUCUUGUAUUGUGCUUGAAAUUUUUCAAACAUGGUGUAGACUACAUAUACAGCAGACCAUUUUAUGACACAAGUGUGAACCAGACCCUCACAUCAAUAAUUAUACUAAUUUAUUUACCAUGAUUGCAUAGAUGUACAUAGAGUUUUCUUUUCCCUUUUUUUUUUGUACACCUUGCUUACUGUGGUCUAAUUACUGGUGCUUAUGACAAGCUGUGUGCAUUAAGGAAAAAAGAACAACUAGGAGGUUAUAAUUAAUCAACAUCUGUUUUUCCCUCAAAGAGGAUACAUUUUAAUAUGAUAAAAUGUAACAAUAAAUUUAUUAUUAUUAUUAUUAUUAUUAUUAUUAUUAUUAUUAUUAAUCAUAAUAACCCAUUUUUGCUUUACCAAAUAUCUCAAAGUAAUUUUGUAUUUUCUUUUAAAAUGUAAGUUGUGUGUUAUUUCACAACCAUGGUCACCAAGGUUUUCAUAUUACAAAUCAGUUUUAAGUGCGUCUGUCCCGAUUUGCCUGUGAAGAAACUUGAUACAAUGUGGAGAUAAUUUGACAAUAUUCUUAGCAGUAUUAAAAACCUCUAUUUAUGUGUAUCUGCAUAUGUACAGUUUUAUAAGUCAUGCUGUAGGACAUAGGUACUGUUUGUAUGUUGUUGUUGUUGUUGUUGUUGCUGUGUUAUUGUUUUCAAAGUGUUAUGAUGUAUUUCCUGAGGAAAGGUCUGGGGUGGAUGGGGCUGGUGGUAAGUUGGGCCAAAGGUUUACGCUUGAUUAGUGCCUGCCAAUAUCAAGAGGAACACUGCCAGUCUUUUAUAAGGCAUUAUUACAAUUGCAAAACAAGGUACACAUACAGUAUGUGUAAAAUUAAGCAAGAGACCUACCACUUCACAUGUGCAUAACCACAAAUGAUUCUGGUGCAGGUGGGGUCUUAGGUGUACCGUAAAUGUAACAUCUAAAAAAAUAACAAAAAUAUUGGAAGAUAUUGAUAUUUUAACACUUUUUUUUUUGCCUUUUUAUGCUUGUAAAUACAUUAACCAUAUGUAGACUAUAUCAGAGAGUUAGAUGACAAAGUUUGCCAAGAUGAGCAUACAUACCAAGCAGGAAUCCCCUGUCCUCUCUUUAAAUCAAAGCAAAGGGGAACCAGGGUGUAUGGAGUCAAGGUGCAUAGCACUACCAGAUGUAAUUUAAAAUCUGAAUGAUUUUUUUUGUAACAAACCACAAUAAAUGUUUGUAAGACUUUAAUAAAAAUGAAAUAAUGUGCA